UUACUCAGUUUUACAGAGAAAGAGAGAGAGAGAGGACAGGGAUACAGACACAGAAUAGAUAGAGAGGGGGGAGAAUUAAAUAAAUGAAUAUUAUUUCUAGAGAGAAGAAACUGAUAGACUCAUAAGUCUCUACCCAGAGAGACAACUCUUAACCAAAAAAAAAAAAAACCAUUUCUCUGUUAAAUAUGGCAGAACUUUCAUAAAACUCAUCAGAGAAGAAAACUCCAUAUCUUUGUUAAACUUGGGGUAUCUUUCUCUCAUUCUCUCUAGAUAAAGAAAAACCUACAAACACUUACUUCUUCUGUUAAAGAAAUCUUGAGAUCAGAAAUUCAAAAAAAAAAAAAAAAAGUAAUACCAGAAAUGGCGAAUCACUGCAUUUCUCCCUUAAAGGAGACCACCAUUUUUGUUCUGGGUUUCAGCUUUUUCUCUGUAUUUAGUUAUGUCUGAACUCAAGUUUCUUUCUUGCAGCUUUUGAGAAACCCUAGGUACUAGAGAUAGUAGUGUUGUUUGUUGGUAGAAGAAACAGAGAAAGAGGAAGAAGAAAACAGUAAUGAAUAAUAGUUCAGUGGCGGUGGCGACGGCUGUGACGACAGAUACUGUAAAUGUAUUCCGACCACCAUUUACGGCGUCGCAGUGGCAAGAGUUAGAGCAUCAAGCUUUGAUCUUUAAGUAUCUAAUGGCGGGACUACCUGUUCCUCCCGAGCUUGUUUUACCCAUUAAGAAAAGCUUUGAAUCAAUGUCUGCUAGAUUUUUUCAUCAUCCUACCAUGGGAUAUUGUUCUUUUUAUGGAAAAAAAGCAGACCCAGAACCUGGAAGAUGUAGGAGAACCGAUGGGAAAAAGUGGAGAUGCUCUAAAGAUGCAUACCCAGAUUCUAAGUAUUGUGAGCGACAUAUGCAUAGAGGUCGUAACCGUUCAAGAAAGCCUGUGGAAACCCAAUCUAUUUCUCAAUCGUCGACUGUUACAUCGCUUACUGCUUCUACCGGCAACAAUGGAGGUAACACUGUUAGUUGCGUCGGAAGUGUGGUAGGUGGUGGCGGCAUCAGCGGAAAUGGGAGUUUUCAAAAUCUUCCAUUGAUGGGUAAUCAUCAAGUUCUUUGUUCUGGAAACAACAGUAUCAGUAGCAACAACAACAAUCCAUCUUUGUUGCAGAUGGAUUCUGUCCCUUAUGGUAUUCCUAGCAAAGAUUACAGGUACUACCAUGGAAUGAAAGCAGAUAAUGACGGGCAUAGUUUCUUCUCAGAAGCUUCUGCGAAUACAAGAGGGGGACUAGGAAUGGAAAGUUCGACGGAUAACUCAUGGCGCCUGAUGCCAUCUCGAGUGUCCUCAUUUUCUCAAACAAAAUCAAGAAAAGGGUCUUUUAUGCAGAGCGAUUAUUCACAGAUGCAUUCACUUCAGGAUAUCAGUCAGGCUAGCAUUAACACUGCACUGUCAAAACAACAUCAGCAACAACAACAACAACAUUGCUUCUUCGGCAGUGAUUACGGUUCAUCGCAGCCCGUGAAACAGGAGGGACAGUCUCUUCGACCUUUCUUUGAUGAAUGGCCUAAAACCAGAGACUCGUGGUCUGAUCUUGAUGACGAAAGAUCCAACCGAUCUGCUUUCUCAACUACUCAGCUCUCCAUUUCCAUACCCAUGACUUCCUCUGACUUCUCUGCAACCAGUUCUCGAUCCCCCAAUGAUGCUUGAUGGACGUGGUGAUGGGCUGAUAGGAUAUCAACUCCUGAGAGAGGAGGUUCAUUAAUACUAUGGCGUGUGUUGAGUUUGAUUUUUCCCAUGUUUUCAUUUAAACUUCUCUCCUAACACUGUUAUUAGAGGAAUCUAGUUUUGAUUGCUAGUUAAUUUUCUUUAGUCACUUGAAUGGUCAGGUUACUGUGAUCCUUCAUGAUCAUUCUUGCACUUGGAGUUAUGUGUUUCCAGUUGGAACUGCACUUUGCCUGUGUAAGACUUUAAAUUUGAGUUCAACUUCUUUUUAAAAAUAAAAUUGAUCUCUAGCAGUCCUUGUGAAUUCACUGCCAUAACCACGGUAUUCUGAACUUCUUCAAUUCAGGUAACCAAUCAUUAGAUUCUCUUGCAGUGUGAACCAGACUAAGAAGGGGAUGUAUACUUGAAAAACCCAAUUAACAUCUCAAGUUUGGUGCAUGAAUAUGCGUGCUUUAUACGGAUUAUAAUUUCAUUUAGAAAAAA